AUGGGCGAGGAACAGUACCAAUGUAACGUGUGUGAAAAGUCAUUCAACAAAAAAUGCCAUCUGACGGUACACCAGCGAAUGCACACUGGAGAGAAGAUGUAUCCAUGCGACAUAUGCGACAAGUCAUUCAGUGAAAGUGGCAAUUUGGCGAAGCACCAGGGGACGCACACUGGAGAGAAGCCGUAUCCGUGUGACAUAUGUGACAAGUCAUUCAGUGUAAGUGACAGUUUGGUGAAGCACCGGCGAACGCACACUGGAGAGAAGCCGUAUCCGUGUGACAUAUGUGACAAGUCUUUUAGUUUAAGUGGCAGUUUGGCGAAGCACCGGCGGACGCACACUGGAGAGAAACCGUAUCCGUGUGACAUAUGCGACAAGUCAUUCAGCGAAAGUAGCAGUUUGGCGAAGCACCGGCGGACGCACACUGGAGAGAAACCGUAUCCAUGCGAGAUAUGCGACAAGUCAUUCAGUGAAAGUGGCAGUUUGGCGAAGCACCGGCGGACGCACACUGGAGAGAAGCCGUAUCCGUGUGACAUAUGUGACAAGUCUUUUAGUUUAAGUGGACAUUUGACGAUACACAGGCGGACGCACACUGGAGAGAAACCGUAUCCAUGUGAAAUAUGUGACAAGUCAUUCAGUGUAAAUGUCAAUUUAGUGAAGCACCGGCGAACGCACACUGGAGAGAAGCCGUAUCCGUGUGACAUAUGCGACAAGUCAUUCAGUGUAAAUGUCAAUUUAGUGAAGCACCGGCGAACGCACACUGGAGAGAAGCCGUAUCCGUGCGAUAUAUGCGACAAGUCAUUCAGUGAAAGUAGCAGUUUGGCGAAGCACCGGCGGACGCACACUGGAGAGAAACCGUAUCCAUGCGAGAUAUGCGACAAGUCAUUCAGUGAAAGUGGCAGUUUGGCGAAGCACCGGCGGUCGCACACUGGAGAGAAGCCGUAUCCGUGUGACAUAUGUGACAAGUCUUUUAGUCAAAGUGGAAAUUUGACGAUACACAGGCGGACGCACACAGGAGAGAAGCCGUAUCCGUGUGACAUAUGUGACAAGUCUUUUAGUCAAAGUGGACAUUUGACGAUACACAGGCGGACGCACACUGGAGAGAAACCGUAUCCAUGUGAAAUAUGUGACAAGUCGUUCAACAAUAGCAAUCAUUUGACGGUACACCGGCGGACGCACACUGGAGAGAAACCGUAUCCAUGUGAAAUAUGUGACAAGUCGUUCAACAAUAGCAAUCAUUUGACGGUACACCGGAGGAAGCACACUGGAGAGAAGCCGUAUCCGUGUGACAUAUGUGACAAGUCUUUUAGUCAAAGUGGCAGUUUGGCGAAGCACCGGCAGACGCACACUGGAGAGAAGCCGUACCAAUUCGACAUGUGAGACAAGUCUUUUGGUUUAAAUAACAUUUUAAAGAAUCACUGGAUUAAAAUGGCACACUGACGUUACACCACCAGAGACAUGAAGGCCGGAUCUGAGUUAUAUUAUCUUUGAUCUUUAGAUCAUUUCACCGAUGUGAAAUUUCGUCAUCGUAUGAAGGCCACAUGUUCAUUUUUCAUUAAUCAUUAAUUACUUUCUCAAUAAUGA